CGAUAUAGCCAACCCUUUUGCCCUAGCAUUCUCUCUCUGUAAUCUCUCUCCUCUGUACCCUCUUGUUCGUCGCGUGGGUCUGAAGCACAGGCUCGAAGGGACGAGAAGGACAGAGAGAGGGACGACGGCGGCGGCGGCGGCGGCGGCGAUCUGAGGAAGAGAAUGGAUCCAGACGCGGUGGCGAAGGCGUUCGUGGAGCACUACUACUCGACGUUCGACGCGAACCGGGCGGGCCUGGCCAACCUGUACCAGGAAGGGUCGAUGCUCACCUUCGAGGGCCAGAAGAUCCAGGGCUGCCCGAGCAUCGUCGCCAAGCUCACCUCCCUCCCCUUCCAGCAGUGCCAGCACAGCAUCACCACCGUCGACUGCCAGCCCUCCGGCCCCGCCGGCGGCAUGCUCGUCUUCGUCAGCGGCCACCUCCAGCUCGUCGGCGAGCAGCACGCCCUCAAGUUCAGCCAGAUGUUCCAUUUAAUGCCAACACCACAAGGAAGCUUUUAUGUGUUGAAUGACAUUUUUCGGUUGAACUAUGCAUGAAGACCGGAUUGACAUCUUGGAUCCAACAACUGUGAGGCCACCUUGCCUUGAUCUUGAAUGUCAAAUUCCUAGGCUUUACAGGCUGGGAUUUUCAGUUGGUGUUUUUUGAUGUUCUAUUGCUGUACUGUUCGAAGAUGUCUUUGUUGAGAUUGGUGGGAUCUGAAAAUAGAUUUCUAUACUGUUCGUUAAGAUGGAACUGAGGAGGUCUUAAUUGGAAUUCAUGUUCGAAUUGA